UUAGAGGAAGAUGAUGAAUCAAGUGACAAGAGGAAGAUGAUAAAUCAAGUGACAUGAAACCCUAGUUUUUCAUUCUCACCAAUCUCGAUAUUGAAACCCUAGUUUUAGAGAGUCGUGAAGGCCAGAGGUUAAGAAGAAGCAGAGAGAUUUCGAAAACCUAGUUUCAGGGAGCUUUAACUUGCAGAGGAUAAGAAAAAGCGGAUCAAUUGAAAUUGUUGUUUCUCAGAGUAAAUAAAUGAAGCAGCGGGUAAGAAAAGCUCGAUCUAAAGAUACACUGUACUCUCCUGUGGGAUCAACACCUAAGCAUGGCUUGAUCAAUCCUGCAAGCUCACCUGGAUCCUUUGCAUUUGAUAUGGACAUCCUGAAACCGUCGAAGAAGAAGUAUAGCCCUGAUAGCCAUGGAAAAGGUCCUUCUCCUACUCCUGUUCAGAGGUCAAAUGGAAAUUCGAGUAAAAUGUCGUUCAGUUCAGUCUCUGAAUUGAAGGAUCAUGCCUCAUCUCGCCUAGAAGACCUAAAGAGAAGCCUUGAAGCUUCACAUUCACAGUCGAUCAAAGAUGCAGAGGCCAAUUCAGCCAGGCUUUCCAAAAGGAUCAAGCUCCAGAGUCAGACCUGUUUGCAAGUGAUGGAACAAUCUGAGAAGGAUUACAAGAAGGUCUCUGAUAGGAUAAGCCAGGAUAUGGAAGAAAUGAAGGCUUCAUUUGCUGAAUUCAUGACAGAGGCUCAUGCUACUGCUUCCCGAGUGUGUAAGGUUUCGAUACCUGAAAUUUCGGCUUCCAUUGAGAAAGCCAUUGAACAGCUACGCCACUCUUACGGACUCACCUCUGCUUCAAGCUGCAAAGCUUAGCAGCCUUUUCCACAAAUCACUUCAUGAGAUAAGUGGGGGGCCAUUUUCUCCAAGAAUCAGCGGGCAUGAUACACGUAUUACGAAAUGUAGCUGCUCUCCUAGAAUUGCAUUGGAUUACUACAUAAUGCUAACUCCAAAAAGAAAGUGUAAACUGACUAUCUUUACUCACACUCUUUUACCCCUUGCUACUGCUUGCUAGUAAUAUGAGUACCACCACAAACUUCUCGCUCUAAUGUGCAUGCUUUUUUGCACAAAAAUGACCAUGCCCAGAUUUUGGGGGAGUUUGUCAUUGUGUUUAAUAAAUUUCUUGAGUCCACAUCAACUGAUCUACAUGGGUAGUGUGCCAUACACCAGUGGUGCGUGCAUUCUGUUGCAUUUCUCUAUAGCUCACCACAUGCCAAAACCCUUUUGGUGAUCAUUUCCGCUUCAUGCCCGUUAUUACUGCUCAAAAUUGCCUUAAGCGCGCCACAUUUUUAGUUAGCCGUUCGAGAGAUCUGCAUCUUGGCUCUCUUGUCCUCCCCUUUCUCCAAGUUUGGGAUACUUUUACAAAAUUCCCAUUUAUCAGUUCAUAG